AUGAAGACAUCAUCAUUUCUCGGCAAUGGUGGGCCAGCGGCUCUGGCUGCGGUCUGUUUCGGUCUGCUCAGUUCGGGCGUCCGGUCGGAGACGGCGGAGCGUGACUUUCAUAUCGCCUCGGUCGGUGAUCGGCUCGUCCUCAACGUUUACAACGAGCUGGGAAACGCGAGCACCAGCAUCCACUUCCACGGCUUCUUUCAAAACGGCACCAACCACAUGGACGGGGCUGUUGGUGUGACCCAGUGUGGCAUUCCACCGGAUGAGUCCUUUACCUAUGAUAUUGAGCCAGGCACAUACUGGUAUCAUGCACACAACAACGGCCAGUACCUGGACGGCUUGCGAGGAACGAUUGUGGUGCACGACCCGGUCGGGCCCCACGAGGACCAGUAUGACGCCGAGAUUGUGUUGAGCCUGUCAGAUUGGUAUCAUCGGCUCAGCUCGGAGCUGCUGGGCGAUCUGAUCAGUCCGGGGAACCCGACCGGGGCUGAGCCGGUGCCUCAAGCAGCGCUGCUGAACGACACACAGAACCUGCAGGUGCCGGUCGAGCCGGGAAAGACGUAUCUUGUUCACAUCGCCAACGUGGCCGGCUUUGCCGCAUUCCGCCUCUGGUUCGAGGGACAUUCGAUGCGCGUCGUCGAGGUGGACGGCGUCUGGACCGAGCCGGCCGAUGCUUCCGUGCUCUACAUCGCGGCCGCCCAGCGCUACAGCGUCCUGCUAACGAUGCGCAGCGACGCUGCGGCCAACUUUGCCAUGGUUGCCGCCAUGGACUGCGACCUGUUUGACGACAUCCCCGACGGCCUCGCUGCCAACGUCAGCGGCUGGUUGGUCUAUGACAGGGCGAAGCCGCUGCCUGAACCAACGCCUCUGGCCAGCUUCGACGACCUCGACGACUUUGGCCUCGUUCCCUACGAUCGCCAGGCGCUGCUAGACCACGUUGACCUGACCAUCACGCUGGCUGUCAAGAUGGACAACCUCCGCGACGGGGCAAAUUACGCCUUUUUCAACGAUCUGACCUACGUCGCCCCCAAGGUGCCCUCGCUCUAUUCUGCCCUGACGGUCGGCGCAGCCAACGCGACCAAUUCGCGGGUCUACGGCACGUACGCCAUCCCACAGGUGCUGCCACAUCUCGCCGUCGUCGAGGUUGUCGUCAACAACGGCGACGACGGCAUGCACCCCUUCCACCUGCACGGUCACAAUUUCCAGGUCGUCUCGCGGUCUGCAGACGACGCCGGCGACUACAACAGCAACUCGCCUGCCCUUCCUGCCAUUCCGAUGCGUCGCGACACUGUCUCUGUGUGCCCCAACGGCAACGUGGUCGUCCGGUUCCGCGCCGACAACCCCGGUGUCUGGCUGUUUCACUGCCAUAUCGAGUGGCACAUGGAACAGGGCCUCAUCGCCACCUUUGUUGAGGCACCAGAAGCCUUGCAGGGCCUCUCGAUCCCGCCCGACCACCUCGCCGCCUGUGCCGCCGCCGGAACGCCCACGGCUGGAAACGCCGCCGGAAACACGCACGAUGUGCUCAAUCCCCAUGGCCAGAACAAGCCGCCGCCGCCACCACUGUACAGGCGCUUCACGUCAAAGGGCUACAUCGCGCUCUUCUUCAUCACCGCUGUCGCCAUGCUCGGCAUGGCUUACAUCGCCAAGCAUAGCUUGAUAAAGGCAGCCAUAGAGGAGACGAGCAUCGAGAGCCAGCCUUUGAUACCGGAGGAAGGGGGGGCGGCAGCUGUGACGGCAUUGGCCGCAGAGGAGCACUUCGACGUGAUCAAGGUGUUUGAGAGGCGAGAAGAUCCCGGUGGAACAUGGAUCUACGACGCAGUGCCUCCCAGCUUCGGCCUCACUCCGGGAGCUCUACCUCCUGUCAUCGACAAGCCGUUGGCCAUCCCAUCAGCUUUGCCGAGGACGACGACGCAUUCGAUGCAGGAGCGCUAUGCGAUCACGCCCAUAUACGACGAUCUGACCACCAACGUACCCGAGAUCGCCAUGUCCCUCUCGGACCAGCGGUUUCCAUACGGCCCCUUUGUCCCACACUGGAUUCCGAAAAACUACAUUCGCCAGUACAUCUCGACCCACGGCCAGGACGGGCGUCUGGUCCUCAACACGACCGUCGAAGACAUCACACGACUGCCGAAUGCGAGCAGUGAAAAGCACGACCGAUGGCGCCUGACCCUGCGGCGCCAUGACCUCACCCGCAACGUGGACGAGUGGUGGGAGGAGGAGUUUGACGCCGUCAUCCUGGCCAACGGACACUACUCUGUUCCGUAUGUCCCGUUUGUGCCCGGCCUCGCCGACUAUCUCGAGCGAUUUCCCGGCCGGGUGGUGCACUCCAAGACGUACCGCUCGCCGAAGCCGUUUGCUGGGAAGCGCGUCCUGGUGAUCGGCAACUCGGCGUCCGGCCACGACGUGACAGACCAGCUGCUCCGCUCCGGCCUAGUGAGGAGCCCACUCUACCAGUCGCGCCGCUCAACCUCGCGCUGGGACGGCGAUGAGCCGCCGGCCGGCCUCGUCUGGAAGCCCAUCAUCACCGAGUACACGUCGGACGGGACCAUCAUCUUUGCCGACGGAUCGACUCUCGGCCCCAAGGACAUCGACGUCAUCGUCUACGCCACCGGUUACAAGGCCUCGUAUCCCUUUUGGAACGUCGAGGCCAACGGCCGGCCGCUGUACGACUACGACGCGAACCGCUUCGUCGGCACCUUCCAGCACACCUUUGUGCACGACUUGGCCACGCUCGCCGUCAUCGGCCUGCCGCGCACCCUGACCUUCCGCUCGUUCGAGUACCAGGCCAUUGCCAUUGCGCGCGUCUGGGCCGGCCGUGCGCGGCUGCCGCCUGAGGACGAGCAGCGCCGCUGGGAGAGCGAGCGCGUGGCGCUGCGGAAGAAGGAGGACAAGAACUUUCACGACGUCGAGUGGGACUCUGGCGAGACCGCCGCCUACCUCGACUUCCUCUUCCGUCUGGCCGGUCUCCCACAGCUCGACGGCAAGGGCAGGAUUCCGCCAAUCCUCGAUGCCAAGACACGCUGGGCCAUUGAGAAUAUCCGCAAGUAUCCGCUAGGAGACCGGAAGGGCAGCCAGGAUGGCAGCAAGGACGACGGCAGGCCGUCGACAGAUGAGCGCGGCUGGGUCGUUGUCGAGCAAAAGAAGGACUCGCUCACGUUCUUGUAG